AAAGUUAAAUAUUUGAUUACAUAUUACAUUAUUAGAUAUAGCUCUUAGGGCGUUAGUCGAAAGCAUAUUCAUUUUGUUUAAAUUGUACCGAUACAUGUAGGAUUUAUUGAUUUACAGUCACUGUGUACAAAUUACAAUUAAAAUGGCACAGACAGCGUUUAAAUCAUGCGAAAUAUGUGAUGGUGGGCUAGGUCAUCACUAUUGCCAGCAGUGUGACCAGUUUUUUUGCAAAAAUUGUAAAACUUCACAUUUGCGAACAAAAAUUAGUAAAAUUCAUACAUUUUUUAUUGGACGAAAUACCAAUCAGGAAGAACAACAAUUUUGUGCUGAGCAUGAGGAAUCGUUUAUAUUUUACUGCGUAGAUUGUGAUACAGUUGUGUGUAAAAUAUGUGCUGUUACAAGACACAAUAGACAUGACAUGUCUGAGAUAAAUGAAUCAGUUCUGAAACUAAAAGUGCAACUAAAAAAAUAUGCUGAAUCAAAAGUUAAAGGACUUCGCAAAGACAUUGAGAAGCUUGACGAGGAAACUAUCGAAUAUCAGUCAGAAGUUCGAUCUGUUAUCCAGUCCAUUAUUGAGGAUUCAGAACGCAUGAACGGUUUGAUCGAUCGAAAAACAGACGAAUUGAUUAAAUAUGUAAAAGAAGUCGAAGAAAGGAAUCUUAAGAUCUUGUCAACAGCAAACAGUAAGUUCAGUUACAACCUGCACAAGGUCAAUAGGGUCCAGAGAACAAUCAAAGAUUCUGCUUAUAUGUCCGAUGUGGCACUUCUUCCAAAAUUACAACAACUUCAAGCUGAAAUUUAUAGAAUAGAGCCGACAAGGACUCCAGGUAUACCGACCGUUAGAUACUCCACAAAGAAAAUAUCACACAGCGAUACCGGUAAAUUGUUUGGAAAUUUAUCAUUCAGGUCAGACAUCUUGGUUUUCAUGAUCAUCAUUCAACCAGUCAAUACUGAACAGAAAACUUAAAGUUGAUAUUUUUCUACAUAGUGUGACUUUUUUAUUAAUUUGAAAUGGAAUGUGUUUUUUUCCUACAUAAGAAAGAGGAAAUUUCAUCAUAAUGACUAUAAACAAAAAGGCGUCAUAUCAUCAUGAUCAUAGAUGCACAAUAACUUAAUCAUGUAAAUGCAACAACGUAAUUAUUAAUUGAAAGAAGGGAGGAAUGAAAAAAUAUAUUAGUAUUUUGUUGUCCAAAUGAACUUGCUUUGUCCACUCAUUUAAAUCGCUCCAUCCAAUAAAGAUGUACGGUGGAAGAUUUUUGAAGAACAGAUUGCAAAAGAGGUUUUGUCUUAGAAUUGUAGGAAUAUUCUAGUGGAUGAAAUAAUUUUUUACUUGACUCUUAUAUAGUGGACUGAAUAAUUGUACAUAGCAAGCUGAAACAAGAAAAACUAAAACUUAAUAGGA